AUGGUUAAUAAGAAGACCAAUACAUACAUGUGCUCCAAGUGUUUCAAAGGCUUCGCUACGUUAUCGGCGUGUCGUCAGCAUAUGGUGAGUCUCCAUAAGCUGAAAGUGGAUUCCGUGACACUCGAGACCAUUGAGAGCGACCAAAACAUAAGUCCCAUUAAAGACAAGACAAAGAACCUGCAGAAGGAAGUGCUCAGUGAAACACACGAUAACUCACUCAACAAGAAGGCGUCUAAACUGAGACACAUUCUGCCAAACGGUAAGAUCGAAGUGCAACAGCAGUCGGUGAGCACCGGGAGAAAGACUAAACCAGUGAUUGUCAGUAAAAGCCAUCAUAACUACUAUAACCACAACAACCAAAACAGCGCCAAUGCGACGGCAAACGUCCUCAACAGCCAUAACAACCACAACAAUCACAUGAAUGUGAAGCGUCUGGCGUGGAAGAAGAAGGUGAAGCGCGAGUUGGGGACCUAUAUCUGUGAGUUCAAGGGCUGCUCCGUGCGAUUCCGGGCGCUCGAGAAUCUCCAGAAGCACCACAGAUGUCACUCGGACUCCGGUUCGGGCUUUGUUUGCUCUAAUUGUAGCAAAAACUCUGAACAGUGGCCCUCAAUGGCCGGUCAUCUAUGGCGGAGUCACGGCAUUGACUUAGAACUGCACGCCUGCGAGCACUGCUCGUACCGGACAUACAGUCUCAGUAUUCUGGAGAACAUUCACAAAAGGAUUCACUCGAACGAAAAGAACUUCCUCUGCGAUACCUGUGGUAAAGGAUUCAAAAACUGCAAACAACUCAUUAACCAUAAGGUUAAACAUGUGGUGAAGACACCAGUGCUGAAGACACACGAGUGUCACAUCUGUUUGCGCACUUUCAAUGACGCGCGCACUAAGAAAGUCCACUUAAACAACGUUCACCACAAGACCCGUCCCUAUAUCUGCAAUCACUGCAACCAUUCAGCCGCUAGUCGUAGUGCCUUAAGAACUCAUAUGAGACAACACACGGGAGAGAAGCCAUUCAAAUGUGAUAAAUGCAAUUACACCACAAGUGACCACAACUCACUUCGUAGACAUAAAAUGAGACAUUCGGGGGAACGGCCCUACAAGUGCCCCUUCUGUAGCUAUUCGUCAAUCCAAUCGAGUACUUAUAAACAACACCUCAAGAAUAAGCACCCGGGUCUCAGUGAAGGGAUUAUGUUUAACUGUCAGUUCUGUGGCUUCAAAACAGUCAAUCAGGAUAUGUACGGAACGCACAUCUCUGAACACAUGAGGAAUGGCCACAAAGACGCCAUGAAAGCCAAUAAAUCAGACACUGAUGUGGACUCGGCUCUAGUGAACGAACCGGACAGCCCUACACUGCAUUUCGCGUGUAUUGUUGGGCAAAGCAUUUCGAGUCAAACAAAUACUCCGAGUAUUUCCUAUGCAUCAGAAUUUGUCAAAUAA